AUGUCUCGUAUGAUAACGGCUCAGAAGCGGCUUGUAACUCUUCAUGUCAAUAAACUAACGCACAUCGUCUCUAAGAUCAGGGAAGAGAGCCUACAUGAGGAACCAAUAGGUAGCAGUCUGACGGGAAUUUCAUUAGGUGAUGUAGUAGCUCAUCUACACGAAACCAUUACUGCUAUAACGUUUGCUUCAUCCAAGGUAGAGGCCUCAUGGAAAGAAUUUGCGUCCAUAUCCGGUUCAGGCCCAAAAGAGGAAGAAGAGACUAGCGACUAUGAAGCCUACACGACAAAGGCUGAGUCUGCGUUAGCCGAUGCCUAA